AUGAGGAGAAGGGGCUCAACCUUCCAGACACAGCAAGAUGGCCCCUUUCUCGCACGCGAGACCGAGGCCACACGAGUGGUGGUGCUGAUCGACGAGCAAAGCGUUAACUACAACGCUUUACUGGCGCCAAACUCACCCGGAAUAUGCAGCGGCUUGUCUUGCGACGGCAAAGAAGUGUUUCUCUUCAAGGAGUUUCGAGAUGACGUCGCAGCGACAAGUCCGUGGAAGCGCAAGACCACCACCGCAAAGGCGAACAUCCGGGUCAAGGCCAUGCCCAAGGUCUUCGAUGCCACCAUCGCGCAGAUCACCGAGAGGAAGUCCUCUUACAAUGAGAUCGUAGUGUUGGUCACUACCUACCUCGUCGGUGGUGAUCCUUCUCUGUUGAGACUGUAA